AUGGUAGGAGCCGCCUGGGGGACCCCGGGGGGCAGGAGGAGGAGGAGGAGGAAGAAGAAGAAGGAGGAGGAGGAGGAGGGGAGUCCUCUGCUGGAGCAGGACGGGGAGAUGGCUGGAGAGCAGCGGCUGCGAGAGACAAGGGCAGAACUGCAGAGCUCUGAGUUCUGGGAUUCAAGUCGAAGAAUCAUCUUAAAAUCUCUGCACAGACACCUGGUGGCAGUGGCGGCAGCAGCAAAGGAGACGUCUGGACCUGCAGCAGGGGAGGCCUUCGUCCUUGCCUUGGAGAAUCUGCAGCUCACACCUCCUCCAGCAGAGCCAACCCUCGACUCCAGCUCCCAGCUGGGCGCAGACCCUGAUGGCCAAGCAAUUUGCUUGCUGUGUGUCUGUUAUGGCCUGGGGAACUUCUCCUCCUGCGUCAAGGCCCGAUACCAGCUGGCCUUCCUGAUCCUGCUGCUGGAAGCCCUCAAGAUUCCCAAAAAGCGGUGCUAUGUCUUUGAUCCCGUGUUUUCUGCCCUGGAAAUAGAAGUUCUUAACAACCUCGGUGUCAACGUUCUCUUGGAGAAUGAGGAGGGGAAAUGGCCUACCCAGGAGCCCACAAUCUUCUAUAUGAUCCACUGUGGGAAAGCUCUCUACAAUAACUUGCUGUGGCGGAACUGGUCUGUGGAAGCCCUCUCCAGAAUGGUCAUCAUUGGCAACAGCUUCAGGGGGAUCGAAGAAAGGGUGCUGAGCAAGACAUUCCAGAAGGACUACAGCUACAUAGCAAAGGUUUUAAUGGCAUCCGAGGAAGAAGCCCUCCCUUCAUACCCCCAGUACAUGGACAUAUUUAAUGACACCGCCAUCCACUGCUUCCCUUGGGGCAAACUGAGGGGGCUUCCCCAAGAGACGUGGACAUUCCAGGAGGAGCCCGUUUACCCAGAGGACGAUCAGCUAGAGAUCAUCAGAAAGAAGCAGUGACAGGAUUCACUUCCAGAGGACCAGGAGGCGAGUGGGGAGAGGCCUGGCGUCACGCUCCUGGCCUUUGACUCCCCUCUUUGUAAAGGGGCACGUGCCGCCGCCAAGGAUGGGGUUGUCUGAACUAUUAAUAGAGUCUCUGCAACAGGACAAAGGGGAAAACGGAUGGUGCAGGCAAAACGUGGGUCAGCUCUACCAAGGUUUGCACUUUGCUUGUGGUGCUCCAAAAGAGUGCUUUGAAUGAGCAAGGGGCAGUGUGAGAUUCAGCUGCGGAUCUGUCUCACCACCACCACCACCCCGCCCGCGGCCAGGAGGGCCCCGUUGGGCUUCUCUCUCUCCCUGCCUCAAGACUUGCCCUGGCUUGUGUCUCCUUGGCAGGCAGCUGCCCACAGAAUCCAAACCUCUUCCACAGAUGUCAACCUUGAUCUAUAGAUAAGUUUUAAUAAAAUCUAUCUAAGCUGA